AUGGAGCAGUCGCUCGAGUCGUCGCUUUCCUACACCGACAUCUUCCAGCGGAGCAAGUGGGAUAACAUCGACAUCAAGCCCGAGGUGCGCUCCAAGCACUUUUACGACUUUGAGGAGCAGAUGGCUCUCAUGGAUGUCUUGAUCAAAUCCGGCUCCUAUGUCGAGGCCGAGACCAUCUUCCACCGCUGCUGGAAGACCAACUGGUCCGACAUGAAAAAAUGCGCCAGCACCCACAUGUUCAAUUCGUUCCUGGAGGCCUACAUCUGGGACUCGCCCGAGGGCAACCUGGGGCAGGUGCAGGACUGGUACCAGCGCUUCAAGGCGUACGGCGUGUCACCCAAUGCCCACACCUUUGCUCUGCUGAUUUACCAUCAUCUGAUCAAGCACGCCAACGCCGAGUCGGCCAAGGCCGUUAUCAUCGAUGCCGAAGCCCAAAACUACACCCUCGACGACAUUGUCCGGACCGAUGUGUUUCUCGACCCCGAGCACCGCACCACGGUCGAGAAGAUUGCCGUCGACAUGGGCAAGUCCAUCCAGGGCUCGCGCCCGGACGAUCUUUUGCUGACGGCGCUGGACGAGCUCAUCGCCAAGACCACAGCAGCGCGCUCCGUCAAGAGUGUCGACAGUAUUCUGGACGACGCUCUCGACAGCCUUGCCUUGGCCAGCCCGGCACAGCCCGAGAAUCCCACCAAGCGUGAGAAGCCCGAUGAACACGAGCGGCCCGUUCUGCCCGAGCUGAUUUCGACCCAGUCGAUCGGCGUUCAGCUGCUGCGCAAGACCCUCUCCAACAUCGAGACGGCUCGCAAGGAAAAGCGGGACCUGUAUCAAAUCCAAGAGCAAAUCGAGGAGUUUUCGUUCCAGGCCGCCUCUGAGGCGCGCACCCUUGCGCAGGAGCGACUGCCGGCCCCCAUCCGCUUUCUCAACGCCCUGCCCUCCAAGAUGAUCUCGGAAUGGUUCAAAACCCUGACAGAAGCCAUCCGCGACGAGCUGGACAUGCUCAAGCCCACAAAGAGCUUUGACCACCGGGCAUUCAUGAAGCAUUUGACGCCCGAGCAACUGGCUCGCAUCACCAUUACCGAGUUCAUCAAGCCCAGCCACGUCAUUCGCUCGCCAGAGAAGAGUCGCGAGGACGAGCACAUCUACGAGUCGGCGUGGGAUCACCGCGUGACCGAGAUCAUGUCUGAGAUCGGCAAGAAUGUCAACCGCGAAGCCAAGCUCAAGUUCAAGAAGCUCAGCAGCAAGCAGAAGCAAAAUGUAGCGGAAAUUUCACAGAAGGUCCACGAGCUCCAUCAGAGCGGUGCUCUUCUCGAUGUAGAAGGCCGCAAAACUCUCUCCGAGACCAACGUUGUCGAGCGGAGUGUCGGCAACGACUGGGAGAUCCACUGGCCCACCACCUCGCUCGUCAAGAUCGGCGGCACGCUCGUCACGCUGUUCCUGAAGACAGCCAAGAUCCAGACCUCCAAGGUCGAUCCCAACAACCCCCGGAAGAUGGUCAAAAUCCUCGAGCCUGCGUUUGUCCACAAAUCGAUUGUAGUCUUCAUCGACAACAACCCCGUUAGCAUUGGCAAAAUCUCCCCGCACGAGGAGCUUAAGGAGAUUCUGUCGCGCGAGGCGCCUGUCUUCCAGCCGCGCUUGAUGCCGAUGCUGGUUCCGCCCCGUCCAUGGCUGACGUGGAAGUCUGGCGGCUAUCUCCACCAGUCCAACACCGCCGUGCGCAUUUCGCACUUCCCGACGAUGCAAGAAUACCUCCGCAAGGCCGAUGAUAACAAGUACAUUGACGAGAUCAUGCGCUGUCUCGACAUUCUGGGAGCGAUACCCUGGCGCAUCAACAACGACGUCCUCAAGGUCGUCAUUGACGUCUGGAACUCGGGCGAGUCCAUCGGCAACAUCCCGCCCCUUGCCAAGCCGCUCGAGCCCGCCGCUCCAAAGGACAUGGAUAUCAAUCCCGACGUCAAGAAAAAGUAUCAGGCCGAGCACCACAAGUGGAAGAACGUGGUAGCAUCGCUGCAUUCCCAGCGGUGCGACACCAACUACAAAAUCGAGAUUGCCAAAGCUUACGCUGGCAUGAGCAUCUACUUCCCUCACAACCUCGAUUUCCGCGGCCGCGCGUAUCCGAUCCCUCCGCUGCUGAACCACAUGGGGAACGAUCUGUGUCGUGGUCUGCUGAUGUUUGACGAGGCCAAGCCCCUCGGCGAGGAGGGCUUGAAGUGGCUCAAGAUCCAGAUAGCAACGCUGGCCGGUGCCGACAAGAUCUCCUUUGAAGACCGCAUCAAAUUUACCGAGUCGAAUCUCGAGAACAUCUUUGACUCGUUUGACAACCCUCUGACGGGCAAGCGCUGGUGGAUCGGCGAAGAUCCGUUUCAGCUGCUCGCUGCCUGUUGCGAGCUGACCCGCGCAUUGCGCUCGCCUGAACCCACAAAGUACAUGAGCCGACUGCCCAUCCACCAAGAUGGAUCCUGCAACGGCCUGCAGCACUACGCUGCCCUCGGCGGCGACGAGAUGGGUGCCAAGCAGGUCAAUUUGCUGCCGAGCGAAAAGCCGCAGGAUGUUUAUAGCGGUGUUGCCGACAUUGUCAGCCGACUCGUUGCUGAGGAUGCCGCCAAAGAAAUACCCGAGGCUGUGUUCAUGAACGGCAAAGUCAAUCGCAAGCUCGUCAAGCAGACGGUCAUGACCAACACCUACGGCGUCACCUUCCUAGGCGCGCGCCUGCAGGUUCAGAGCCGUAUGAAGGAGGCCGGCUACGACAAGAUCCUAGACUCGGCCCAAUUCAAGGCCGUGUCGCUGUACAUCACCCGCCAGAUCUUUGCCAGUUUGGGCGUCAUGUUCGAAGGCGCGCGGCUCCUCCAGCACUGGCUCAACAACGCUGCCCUGGUGAUCUGCAAGAGCGUGCAUCCUGACUCUGUGCUGCCGAUGGAGCAGAAGAUUGCCGAGGACAUCUGGAAGCACUGGAAGGAGUUUGAGCUGCCCAAUCCGCAGGAAGAUCAUGGCACUGUUCUGAGCGAGCCCGAAGCGACCGAGGAUAGCCUGCUGGACUGUGCCCUUGACGAGGCGGCCACGGCUUCGUCUUCGCAGAAGCAUGUCGCCAGCGCCGCUCCGAGCGAUGGCAGCGAGCUGAUCGCCCCGACCCCUAGCCGCAAAAAGUCGAGCAAGAAGGAAGUCUUGCGGAACUCUCCUGUUAUCUGGACCUCGCCGCUCGGCCUGCCGAUCGUUCAGCCCUAUCGCAACUACCGCGAGAAAACGAUCCGCACCGAGCUCCAAACAGUCACCAUCAAGGACUUUUCGAGCGACGCCGAAAUCAACUCGCGCAAGCAGUCCAACGCCUUCCCGCCCAACUUUAUUCACUCUCUCGACGCCUCGCACAUGAUGCUCAGCGCCAUCGGCUGCCAGACCAGCGGCAUUACGUUUGCAGCCGUGCACGACUCGUACUGGACACAUGCCUCUACCGUCCCCGAGCUCGCGCGGAUCCUGCGCAAGUCGUUUGUGCAUCUGCAUUCGCAAGACAUCAUGGGCCGCCUCCGGGAGGAGCUGACGGAACGCUACAAGGCAAACUGGGUGCCCUACAAGCUCUCGAUCAGCACUCUGGAGCAACGCAAUCUGCUCAACCAGAUCAUCGCCACCCACAGCGGCAAGCCACUGCGGUCUCGCAAGGCCGGUGCUGUCUACAUGACCUGGCGACGGGUCAGCUUCCCGCCGCUGCCCAAGAAGGGUAACUUUGAUCUCGGCCUCGUCACGAAGAGUCCCUACUUUUUCCACUAG